AUGGCUAGGAUCGCUGGUGGCAGCUCCGAUAUUGAACGCAGGGUCGAACGCAAGGUCCGGGAGCCCCAGGUGGCUAAUGAUCCACCGUGGUCUUACAUCAUCGACGACGAUAAAAAGCAAGACGCACCUAUCGUGGUCUCAGACGACGAGGACGACGAUGUUGUAAUCAUCAGCGAGACCCAUACCCCGAAGGGUCGCCGCCAUGUCUCCACGGUCCCCAAGCGCCGCAGUCCAUACCAAACCGACUUUAAGCUUACCAACUUUGGAUUUACGCGACCUCGCGUUGCCAAGAUCUGCCGCGUGACCAGAGACGAGGUGCCGCCUUUGCUGACCAAGAUCAGCUAUACGACCACCUCGACUAACAGCACAUUAGUGCAGUCCGGGUUCGCCCAAGAGUCAAGCAUCAUACUCCUGAUGCUCGUCCCUGGUUCUGCAACGGGGGCUGCGGUGCAAGCUUCAAGUACCGCUACACUCGCGCCGCACACCAUAGUGUGUGCGCUCACGAGCAAGCUUAGCCCAAACGGCACUCCCGUCAAUUCACAACACGCUACCACUCAUCCAACCACCCUGGGAAUUACUUGGGACUAUUAA